UUGAGUCAUCAACCACCACUCCCCUCUCGGGCACGGUUUCUCACUCUCUUCUCUUCUCUCUGAGGCGCUCUACUUUUCCAGAGGAGAGACAAAGGCUGUGAGGGUCUGACACAUUGGCGGAAGAUAGUGGGGUUUUCCGACAACCCAUGAGGAUUAGAGGUCUCGACCCCUUUGGGGGUCGUCUAUGGCCUCAAAUGGUCAUCGCUUUGGGCUUGCUUCUUGUUGCAAGCAGUGUAGGUUCAGUCUCUGGAGAUGCUUACCCGUAUUCUUCUCCUCCACCACCACCGUAUGAGUACACGUCCCCACCACCGCCGGAGCACUCUCCACCACCGCCGUAUGAGUACAAGUCCCCACCACCACCCGAGAAAUCUCCUCCACCACCGUAUGAGUACAAGUCUCCCCCACCACCGGAGCACUCUCCACCACCAACGUACGAGUACAAGUCUCCCCCACCACCAGAGAAAUCUCCACCACCUCCAUAUGAGUACAAGUCACCACCACCACCUGUUCACUCUCCACCACCACCAUAUGAGUACAAGUCCCCACCACCACCGGAAAAGUCUCCACCACCACCAUAUGAGUACAAGUCCCCACCACCACCGGAAAAAUCUUCUCCACCACCAUAUGAGUACAAGUCUCCCCCACCACCAGUAUAUGAACCACCAUAUGUUUACAAGUCACCACCACCACCGGAAAAAUCUCCUCCACCACCAUAUGAGUACAAGUCUCCCCCACCGCCGGUGCAUUCCCCUCCACCACCAUAUGAGUACAAGUCUCCCCCACCACCAGUAUAUGAACCACCAUAUGUUUACAAGUCACCACCACCACCACCAUACGUCUACAAGUCACCACCACCACCGGUUCAUGAACCACCAUAUGUUUACAAGUCACCACCACCACCGCCAUACAUUUACAAGUCACCACCACCACCACCUUACUUGUACAAGUCUCCCCCGCCACCGGUUUAUGAACCACCGUACGUUUACAAGUCACCACCACCACCACCUUACAUCUACAAGUCUCCCCCACCACCGGUUUAUGAACCACCAUACGUUUACAAGUCACCACCACCACCACCAUACGUCUACAAAUCACCACCACCACCACCUUACCUCUACAAGUCUCCCCCACCACCGGUUUAUGAACCACCAUACGUUUACAAGUCACCACCACCACCACCAUACGUCUACAAGUCACCACCACCACCGGUUUAUGAACCACCAUACGUUUACAAGUCACCACCACCACCACCAUACAUCUACAAGUCUCCCCCCCCACCGGUUUAUGAACCACCAUAUAUUUACAAGUCACCACCACCACCACCCAAGUCUCUUCCUCCUCCAUACCAUUACACCUCUCCACCUCCUCCUGUUCACCACCCAUUGAUAGUCAAGGUCGUUGGAAAAGUCUAUUGCUAUAGAUGCUACGACUGGGAUUAUCCUGUCAAGUCACACGACAAGAAGCAUCUCAAAGGUGCCGUAGUGGAGGUAACUUGCAAAGCCGGCGACAAGGAGAUCAAGGCCUAUGGUACCACGAAGAUCAACGGCAAGUAUAGCAUCACAGUCGAAGGUUUUGCCUACGAGAAGUACGGAGAGGAGGCCUGCAAGGCCAAGCUUCACGCCGCACCCAAAGACUCGCCGUGCAACAUCCCCACUGACCUGCAUUCGGGCAAGAAGGGUGCAAAGCUCAAGGUCAAGUCUGAGGACAAGUACGAGGUUGUGCUGAAAGCCAGGCCAUUUGCUUAUGCUCCAAAGACUCCUUACAAGGAGUGUGAGAAGCCCAAGCCCAUAUCCAAGCCACCUCCUUACGUUUACAAGUCUCCACCUCCGCCACCACCUACUUACAUUUACAAGUCUCCACCACCGCCUCCGGCUUACGUUUACAAGUCCCCGCCACCUCCGGUUUAUGAGCCACCAUACGUUUAUAAGUCACCACCACCACCACCAUACGUUUACAAGUCACCACCACCACCACCAUACGUCUACAAGUCACCACCACCACCACCUUACAUCUACAAGUCUCCCCCACCACCGGUUUAUGAACCACCAUACAUUUACAAGUCACCACCACCACCACCAUACGUCUACAAGUCACCACCACCACCACCAUACGUUUACAAAUCACCACCACCACCACCUUACAUCUACAAGUCUCCCCCACCACCGGUUUAUGAACCACCAUACGUUUACAAGUCACCACCACCACCACCAUACGUUUACAAGUCUCCCCCACCACCGGUUUAUGAACCACCAUACGUUUACAAAUCACCACCACCACCACCUUACGUCUACAAGUCUCCCCCACCACCGGUUUAUGAACCACCAUACGUUUACAAGUCACCACCACCACCACCAUACGUCUACAAGUCACCACCACCACCACCAUACGUUUAUAAAUCACCACCACCACCACCUUACAUCUACAAGUCUCCCCCACCACCGGUUUAUGAACCACCAUACGUUUACAAGUCACCACCACCACCACCAUACGUCUACAAGUCACCACCACCACCACCAUACGUUUACAAAUCACCACCACCACCACCUUACAUCUACAAGUCUCCCCCACCACCGGUUUAUGAACCACCAUACGUCUACAAGUCACCACCACCACCACCAUACGUCUACAAGUCACCACCACCACCACCAUACGUUUACAAAUCACCACCACCACCACCUUACAUCUACAAGUCUCCCCCACCACCUGUAUAUGAACCACCAUACGUUUACAAGUCACCACCACCACCACCUUACUUGUACAAGUCUCCUCCACCCCCGGUUUAUGAACCACCAUACGUUUACAAGUCACCACCACCACCACCUUACUUGUACAAGUCUCCCCCACCACCGGUAUAUGAACCACCAUACGUGUACAAAUCUCCCCCACCACCACCAUAUGAGUACAAGUCCCCACCACCACCAAAGAAAUCUCCACCACCAUAUGAGUACAAUUCUCCCCCACCACCAGUGCACUCUCCCCCACCACCGUAUGAGUACAAGUCUCCCCCACCACCGGAGAAGUCUCCUCCACCACCGUACGAGUACAAGUCUCCCCCACCACCGGAGAAGUCUCCCCCACCACCAUAUGAGUACACGUCUCCCCCACCGCCCGUACACUCCCCUCCACCACCAUAUGAAUACAACUCCCCACCACCACCAGAGAAAUCUCCUCCACCACCGGUCUACAUUUACGCAUCACCUCCUCCACCAACUAAGUACUAGGCUUACCACGUACCAAUACCAAUCAUGUUUUAGUUUAAAGAAUGCAAUAAAGGAAGGCUCAAUUAUGGGACGAUUUAGGAAUCAAGCUUCCAAUCCAAGUUCAUUCAAUAAGAUUGCUUCCACUUCUUAUCUGGUGGCUACGUUGCACAUUAUGAUCUUAUUUUAUUCAAGCGGGAGUGGCUUCAGAGGAUUAUACGAGGAAAGCCGGAUUAGGAAGCAACAUUCGAAAUUAAUUAUAAGAUGACUAGGAUUUGGAUAUGCCAGCCUGCCACGUUUUUUUUUGUUUUUUUUUUUUUAGUUUCAAUUCACUCGGCCGGUAAUAUCUUAGGGGGGUUUCAACUUUCAUCUACUCAUUUAUGAAUUGUAUAGAGUCCUGCCGGGGAUGAUUGGGUUUCUAUUUAUUUUUAUGCUUUAUUUGUUCGUUGGAAUUCCUUGUGCUUUGUGCAAUGAGAUUAUCAUCAAUAAAAUAAGAUAUUUCUGUUU